AUGGCAGACGCAGCUGCUGAGAUAGAGGAGGGAGGAAUGGUGAGAACAUUGAAGGAUCUCUUUGCUGGAGCAGCAGGUGGGAUUGCUCAGGUACUUCUAGGACAACCUUUCGACAUAGUCAAGGUCCGACUCCAAACAACAACCCAAUAUCCCAAUGCUCUCGUUGCCGCCAAAACGAUCUACGCUCAAGAAGGGGCGCUUGCCUUCUACAAAGGCACCCUUACUCCCCUCAUUGGUAUCGGAGCCUGUGUCUCGGUCCAAUUCGGAGCCUUCCAUGAAGCCCGCCGCCGCAUUGAAGCCUACAACACUAGCAAGAAUCCACUCUCCCCAGGCCUCUCCUACGGUCAGUACUAUCUUGCUGGUGCUUUCGCAGGUGUAGCGAACUCGGUAAUCUCUGGCCCUAUCGAGCAUGUCAGAAUCAGGUUGCAGACCCAGCCACACGGGGCAGCGAGGCUAUAUAACGGUCCCUUGGAUUGCGUGCGCAAACUAUCUGCCUAUGAAGGUGUCCUGAAGGGCCUCUACCGUGGCGAGGCCGUAACUGUGCUCAGAGAAGCUCAAGCUUACGGCGUGUGGUUUCUUGCUUUCGAAUACAUGAUGAACGCAGAUGCUCUGCGCAACAAGAUCGACCGUAAAGAGAUCCCUAGCUACAAGAUUGCCUUUUACGGAGGAUUAGCAGGUGAGGCCUUAUGGUUAUCCAGCUAUCCGUUUGAUGUUGUCAAGAGCAAGAUGCAGAGUGACGGGUUUGGAGAAAAGCAAAAGUUCAAGGGUAUGAAUGAUUGCUUCAAGCAGACAUUUAGAGCAGAGGGGUUAAGGGGUUUCUGGAAGGGGAUUGGACCGACUCUCUUGAGAGCUAUGCCCGUUAGUGCCGGUACGUUUGCUGUGGUGGAGAUGACGAUGAGAGCGAUUAGCUAG